GAUUUACAAAUUUCUAGCAGCUCUGAAAGUGAAUAUAAUAGUGACAAUAAUUUAAAUGAUAAUAAUAUACUUGAAAGUGAUUUGGAAACUAGUGAUAACUAUGAGCAUCAACCAACAUUUGCCCAAUUUGGUCGCAAUUUAACCGUCGAUCAAGUAGAAUAUUACCUUGAGUUUCAAGAAUAUUCUAAAACUUCUGAAACUGGUGUCGCUAGUAUCUACAAUAUUUCUGGUUGGAAACCAGAUGAUGCUAAAAAUGCUUUUGGAAUUUCUAAUAUCCAAUAUGCUUAUAGCAAUCCUGGAACUAUUCAAUCAAUUUAG